AUGGCUGCCAUCAAGGCUUUGGAGCAGUGGUGUAAAAUGCACUGUGAGGGCUACCGAGAUGUGGCCAUCACCAACAUGACGACUUCAUUCAGGAACGGAUUGGCUUUUUGUGCGCUUAUACACAAGUACAGACCGGACCUGAUAGACUAUGACUCACUCAGAAAGGAGGAUGUGUUCGAGAACAACAGACUGGCUUUUCAGGUCGCAGAGGAGAAGUUGGGGAUCCCAGCGUUGUUGGAUGCAGAAGACAUGGUGGCUUUAAGGAUCCCAGACAGGCUGAGCAUUCUUACCUAUGUCUCCCAGUACUACAACUACUUCAAGGGACGGCCUCCCAUGGGAGGUGUAAAAAGGCCAGCAGAGGGCUCCAAGGAGGAGCCAUCAGAGAAGAAAAAUCUCCCAGUGGUUGCCAAAACCUUUAUGCCCAAAACCGCCAUUGAGAAUCGUUUACCUUCCACCGUCACCGCUCAGACCUCACCUAAGCCGGCCCGAGCUGCUGUUCAGAAGGCGGUUCUGGCAGAAAACGCCAACAAACAUGGCACUCUCAACAGCAAAUGUGUUGCGUGCAAGGGUCACGUUCAUCUGGUUGAGAGGCACUUUGUGGAAGGCAAGCUCUAUCACAGAAGCUGUUUCAAAUGCAGUGAAUGCUCCAACGUGCUUCAUGCAGGAGGCUACAAACCUGGUAAGAAUCCAGACACUUAUAUCUGUAGCGCCCACCAGAACAGUUGCAAAGCUUCCUCCUCCGAGCCCGGGAUAAAAAACGGACCCGCCGGUUCAGCUGGCCGAUUAGAUAGUGCCAGCCAGACCCAGCCUGCACCACGCCCCUCCUCUGUGCUGUUGGCCCCACUGAAUAUUAUUGUGAAGCCAGUCGGUCCUACUCCAUCCGCUAAGUCCUGGACGGCCUCAGCCCAGAAGACGCAGUCGGCCCGGCAGAGGUUUUUCCAGGCUGCGCAGCCAGUCACAGAGGCCCCAACAGGUAACAGAAAGUCCACAGAGCUCUCAAGUGUUUUAGGAAGGCCAAAGGUCCAACUGAGUCCUGAUGAUGAGAAGAGCAGAGCCAGGACCACAGUUGGAAAGAAAUUGGCUGAAGAAAACUGCAAUAACAACAACAAACGGCCGUUCACCAUCCGAUCAGCAGAGAGGCGGUUUGGAGACGAGCCAAGUUCAGCUGGCGGCCCCGGUUUGAGAAAGGACAAACUCAGCCAAGACCCAGCAGGAAACUGGGCAGGACAGCCCUCCACCAGCCAGACAAACAAUAAGGAAUCGCCAUGUCUGAAGGCCAUCAACAAAGACAACACAAGGCUAACAACUGUACACACAACCGCCAAAGAUCCAGUCUACAAGUGGCAAUCAAAGCUGAAACCUUUGAAAACCGAGCUCGUUCUGAAAGAGAAUGAAGCCAGUACUGAGCAACAGAAGGCUGCAGUCAUGACUUCCUCUAAUAUCUCCAUCAGUACAACCAGACCUCCCUCAGCUCCGACACCUGCAGUACCUCCGGUUAGCCUUGCUGUGUUUGAUCCUGCAAACUUUAAGAAAGUCUCUCCCCAGAAACCUCCAUUUGGCUCUGGAGACCUGGGUUUUAAACAUGGGAGUCACUCGUCUGUGAAACCCCCACCCAGACGGCCAGCUGUGGAAUCUAUUAGCACUCCGACCGCCCCAGCCAAUCACGGAAAUCCACCAGGCGCUAAAAAGGGAAAGUAUUUGUCACCCACCAACGCCUCCAGGACUGAAAUGAGGUCACCCUCUGUGAAGUCUUAUCAUGUUCCAGUGGAGCAGAUUGAGAGGGAGCUGAAUGAUAUUGAGACAAACUUGGCUCAGCUGGAGAAGGAGGGCGUGGAGCUGGAGAAGAAACUCCGCAGCUGUGAGGAAGAGGGAGAGGGAGACAUAUUGAUGGACCCACUGAUGGUUGACUGGUUCAACCUCAUUCGAAAAAAGCAGAUGUACAUUAGAAAGGAAUCAGAGCUUGUUUACACAGCCAGGACUCAGGAGCUGGAGCAGCAGCAGCCAGGUGUGGAGGGGGAACUUCGCAGGCUGCUGGAGAAGCCAGAUCAUUUGAAGUCCAGAGAGGAGCAACAGCGGGAGAAGAAGCUGAUGCAGAGGCUGGUGGAGAUCGUAGACGGCAGAAAUGCGAUUGUGGAGGGUUUGGAUGAAGACAGGUUGAGAGAAGUCGAGGAGGAUCAGCAGUUGAAUGAAAUGAUGCAAAAUCUUGGAGUAAAGAAAGCCAAAAAUAAAAGGAAAUCCUCCAUCUCAAAACUGUUCAGGCGGAGAAGUAAAAGACGAGUGGAAUGAUCCUCAAAAGCACUUUUUACUAAACUUUCAUACAGAACUGAAAGUCAUCCUUUUCUUAUUUUCUUUAUUAUUAUUAUUAACCCUUUUUAAAAAUUCUAAGGAUUUUAUAUUUAAAUAAUGCAGCAUAUAGUGUGCUAAUAAGAGGGCAGAUGAAGAGAUGUCAAAUUACGAAGCAUAAUAUGGAUCAAGUUAUGUAUUUGUAGUUUUGCAAUAUUUCAAAAUAAAUGUUCACUUAAAAUGUUAUUUUUGUUCCAUGCUCACCUUCAGCUCUGUUUGCUGUCACUUAAGUGAAGUUAUUUCUAAAUAGCUUGUAAUUCACCCUUUGCUUUUUUCACAUGAAGUAUUUUUUUACAGUAGUUUUUCACAGUUUUUUCAAAAGGUGCUUAAUUAUGUGGCAAAUACAGCCGCGAGCGUUUCACUUAUAUUGAUUACACCACAGUACACGAGUGUCACAAGAGAAAAUGCCAUCAUUCAUGGAUAUGUUUGUUAUGUGAAGAUAUCAUAUAUUUAUUCAAUGAUGUACCUAACUCAUACAUUUAGCAAAUCAACCUGCACUGGUCAAAGAAAUUGGAUUUUAGGUGUUAAAAACAGAAACUAUCAUGAUUUACAAAUUACAGAGUGAACACUGGCUGUUCCACAUGCAAAUAGGAAUGAGCAGAAUAAAUGUGUAAUCCUUCAACAGUCUUGAUCCAAAAUGAAAUUAUUUCAGUAUUUAUUUAAUAAUGGAUUUUAGCAAAUUUCCUGUAAGGAUAUUAGCAGGAGAAAAAGCCUUGACAAUUAAGUUUUGAAUGGCUGUGGAGUGUAAAAUGGAGAGCCACACAUGUUGAGCUGCCUUGUUGCAGACUGUAGUUCCUCUCUCUCACUGUACUGUAGGUGGCAGCCUGGGUAUGCUGUAUCACAAGCAGAGAACUUGGAAAUCCAAUUUGCCACAGUAGGGACAGUUAAUUUCUUUGCUAAUUUUAUAAAUGCUGCAAAAAUGUUCAGCUGUGCUGAUGCAAUAAUGUUAUGUGAAAGAGGAUUAGGUAGAGCAGUAGCUUAUGGCCGGGGAAGGCUUAUAAACUAUAGGUUGUAUUGAGCUCUUUAUCUUCAAACCGGGUUUAAUUAAACAUUACUCUUUACUUAUAUCUGCAUCAGAAAUGCUCCGUACCUGAGCUAUUAAAAUGUUCGAACGAUGUGUGGAGUCUCUCAUGUGUGAAAAUGGCGAAUGUACUGU